UAGUCGGUCUCGUUAAUAGGCACGGCACGAUCUUCAAGGUCUUGAUCCAAGGUCUCCAAGGUCUUGAUCCGCAUUGUGCAAACCGUGUUUUCGCGGUCGUUACAAGAUUACAUAUGAGGACUAUCAGCAUCAUGCUGGCAUUCAAUUGUCCGCACCCUGGAGGGAACUCCACAAGGUUUGGCACCCCCAUGGAGCUCAGCUCAGCGCAGUUUGUAGGCAUCGGGGUGUUCUACUUUGUCCUCGCUUUGCUGGCGAUUACUGGAAAUGCAGUCACCAUCAUCGCCUACUUGAAAGACCCUUUCAAGCAGCUGCGUAAUUCAGCAUCAAAUCUACUUAUUACAGCUUUGGCCAGCGUGGACCUUCUAAACGCCUUAUUGUCCCUGCUGCCAUCAUCUGUUUUCUACAUACUUUGCGCGUACCAUGUGAACUUUCGAGACUUCCUCGCGAAGACGAACCCUUGUAUGGAAGUAAUGAAAUCAACUUUGGAGCUAGCGUCAUUGUUGUUGUUGGUUGCCAUGACAACGGAUCGCCAUCGAGCCGUGACCGCACCGUUGACGUACAAGUAUCAUGUGACCAUAACGCGCAUGCGCAGAGCGUUGAUUGUGAUCACGUGCUACAGUGUCGUAUUCGGACUGGCUAUCGCCAUGACCUGUCACGUGACACAUUACGUCAUCCACGGCGGUCACUUGGUCCUGUCGCUAGUUGUGCUGAUGGUAAUGAACACGAGAAUGGUCCUCGCGGUGCGCAGGAGCAGGUCUUUGGUGUGUAGCUGCGCUGAGUCUAAUGCUUGCAGGCUCGCAUACCAACGUGAACGAAAUAUAACUAUAGCAGUCUGCAUUAUCCUUGCGGUCUUCUUAUUAACAUUCUUCCCUGCUGUUUUACUGUCAACUGUCACGGUCAUUUGUACGGCGGUAGAAUGCUCGUUGAAUCCCUCGGUCUUUUCGGUCUCCAUGUUUAUAUCGAUGACGUCUUAUCACACGUCGUCCGUCACCAAUCCAAUCGUCUACAGCUGGAGACUGGAAAAGUACCGGCAUGCUUUUCGGUAUCUAUUGAUCAAGUGCGCAUGCGCUAGGGUGGAUGACAUGAAAAACACUGACCAAGCUACAGCCAGCUCACUCAUUCGAAAAAGUACCAAAACUACUACAGAGGUUUAGAAGGCUUUGGUACAAUAUAACAAUAUAGUUGAUGUUCGCGGGCGUAAAUAUGUUUUGGGCCCGAAACAUAUUUACGCCCAAGAACAUCAACUACAUUACUAUUAUUAUAACUUUGGCGAGCAUUAAGCGCAAAAACAAAAAUAAGAUCGGAAAACGCGGAUGACUUGCGUUAUAUUUAUUCAUUGAAAGCAAGAAAUAAAUACAGCUUCAAUCAAUCAAUGGUUUAUUCCACCCUUUUGCAGCCAAGGGCUGAAUUACAGGCCCGUCAGCUGGACACAAAUAAUAAUUAAUACAUUUGAAAUUUAAAUGACACAAAGUCGUUCAUGCGGUUUGUCCUCGCCACAGUCGGGCGAAUUGACUGGUGACCGGAGCGUAGGACACGACCGUAGGACAUGACCUCUGGGGUUUGAAUAAUCCCCACAAGUGAACUGUCUUCCCUGCAUGACUUAAAAAAUCUGCGGCAUGCGGUAUGCUUCAAUUCACUUUACAAACGUUGCUAAAUAUACACGUGUUUAAGGUUCUUUUUGUAAACGAAACAACUGUUUCAAAAUAUAGAAAGUUUAAUGGGAUGUCACUUGUAGGAAUUAAAAUUUAUUGUGCAAUUGGAAAAGUGACAAUUUGGCAUGACAGCCUGUGCAGAAGUAUUUGUUUCGGUCGAGGAUGAAAAACUUACAUUCACUUCCCCGCCUGCCCUAGAUAAACUGCCUUGUUUGCAAUAACUACUGUUUUCCAUCUCAAUGGUUUCACUAGAAGCAAAAGGACGGCGUAAAAUGCCUCCAAGAUCCGAGGAGCUGAUACUGUGAAAAUCACAUUCAACACUUCGCUUCGUGCACCACUCGGUGAACAUUUUCAUCGCCCAAGAUUUUUUUUUUUUUAGUAUUUUUGGGAACAGAAUCUUCUGCCAUUUUUUUAUGCUCCUCCACGUCGAGCUGAGAAGAUUCUGAAUCGUGUCCAGCCAUGUUAUCCUGUGGCAAGCGACAAGCGGUUUGAAUGAAUUGCGGGAAAUUCUGCUUCCUUCUGAUUGGCUCGCUGGCUUUAAUAUAUUAGAGCCCGCCAAAACGUUCAUUAGAGCACGUGUAAUACUCAACAAUGCCCGCUAAAGUUAUAAUAAUAUACAAUAUCCCCCCCCCCCCAUUAUUUUUUCAGCAAUCAUAGCCUGACAGCAUUAUGUGUUGACAUGGUUGGUAGGGUGCAUAUAUUAGUCUCCGUUUUUUUUACCAAUCUACAAAAAAAUCCAUAAUUCCUUUUUGUUGUUAUUUGUUUAUAGAGGUGGUAGAAAUAUUAUAUACUAAAAAUAGAAAUAUAUUUAUAUAAUAUUUAGUAUAAAUCUACUCACAUACUAUCACGAACCCAGCAAUUUGAUUGUACUCACUAUCUAUUGAGAGUAGCCAAAAACCGGCGUUAUUCACAAAAACAACAUGAAUUAUUAUUAAAAUCGUCAGUUAUUCGAAGUUAGUAUGUGAGUAGAUUUAUACUAAAACAAUUAGACUACUCGUUCUCGUUUUCUAUGGGUCAAAUAGUUAAUACGCGCCUCGUUGACUAUCUAUUGACUCAUAGAACACUCGAACUCGUAGUCUAAUUGUAAAAUAAAAAUAAUGAUUUUUAUGCUAAUCAGGUGCGUAUACGGGGUGGCACGCAGGAUGCACCCCACCCCUCCCCCCUUGGCGGCCAAAAAGUGGGCCAUUUUAUGCUUUUUCCAUACCAGGGGCUCAUAAGUAGGGACAAUCAUCUGUAUUAUUUAAUUGUCAAGGCGUUUCCUUAGUCCAGACCUGGGACUCUCUUUGCGCCCGACAUUCUGGCUCGCGUGAAAGAGGGUCCAGUAUUUAUUGCACGCGCAUGCGCGAACAUGUACCAAUCAGCGAUCAUCACGGCAAAAGUUGAAAUACGAGCGCGCGCAAUAACGGAUGUGCCUAAGAAGGGUCGAUUCCCGCUAGACCUUGUCGAGUGCAAAGCUCCGAAAAUCGAUCAUCGCUAAGUUGAAAAGAAUGUUUUGUACAUGUGAAGGAAUAUCAGCGAACUGCUUGGGAUUUGUUUUCUAUAAAAACGC